AGGGAAGUAAAAUAAAAUGUGCACAAAUCUAGCGUUAUUUCAACCGUUGAGUUAUUGGGGGGAGCAGAAAUCAAUCUUGUAAUGUCUUGGUGUAUAAUAUUUGACGAUAUGGAAUUUUAUAAGCUGUUCAGAUUAAAAGUUACAUCACAUCACGUGUUCGUGCAUCUUUCGAAACGGAUGCAGAAUAAAGACGCUGUUAGAAAGAGACGAGCAUAGUUUUAUCACUUGCCCUCCCAAGAGUAUUAAUGGAAAAAAAUAGCCCCGCCAUCUUGAAUUUGGUAAUGAACAUUUCGUAUGGAAAAUUUUUGGUGAUUGAUUGACUACAAGUUUUUUUUUGGUGUUGUGAUUCCAUUAAUGGAGCCGUAAUUCCAACGUCUGCACAAAACAAGGCAGCAUCGAGUGACGUUCCUCGGCCGAUUAAACCCUCAAAAAGGAGGCCACAUGGAGGCCAUUCUAAACUUCCUGCGAACGUAUUUAAUCGGCAAUCGCUUCACGACAAAAACAUUUCCAGGGCUCGUGCCCCACAUACAGUACCAUAUCUGCCGUUCCAGCUCCAACAUGCUAUUGAAAAUUGAGAACCAACUCCUGCAACGGCAUCGUCAAAGAGAGACAACCGGUAUCAAGAAACUGUAUAAUUCAUUCUUCGUUCUCUUCUAA